AUGAAUUCAAACAGAUUCCCUCAUGGUGUACUUUCUACAGCCCUUGCAUUGCUAUUAUCCCUCAAUGUGGUGACAUCAUUCCGACCAGCUUCUACAACAUCCACAAUGACAAGAUUCGAGUCCAAUAACAAGCAACAACUUUUACCAAUUAUUGCCAGUGAGCAAAGAAUACGGCGAUGGUCUUCUUCUUCUUCCCUAUUUUCGUCACCAGACGCUGAUCCGGAAAUGAUCAGUGAAGAAGACGAUGGUGAAUUAUUGUAUGCGACCGCAGAACCCUUUGAAUCCGAAGCGGACGUGGCGCAAGCCGCCAAUGAAUUGGCUGCCAAAAAUCCUUCCAUUGAGCUUCACACAGAGAUCGAACAGUCGUUUUUGAAGUAUGCGCUGUCCAUCAUUCUAGGACGUGCCUUACCGGAUGCCCGCGAUGGUCUCAAGCCGGUGCACCGACGUAUUUUGUAUGCCAUGCACCAACUCAAUCUGUCUCCCAAUUUGUCGCAUCGAAAGUGCGCUCGUGUUGUGGGAGAAGUGCUGGGAAAAUACCAUCCCCACGGUGAUAUGGCAGUCUACGAUGCAUUGGUUAGAAUGGCCCAAGACUUUACUACACAUUAUCGUCUGAUUGAUGGUCAUGGAAACUUUGGGUCGGUGGAUGCUGAUCCGGCCGCCGCCAUGAGAUACACGGAAUGUCGUCUGACACGACUGGCAGCCGACACGCUCAUGACAGAUCUUUCAGAGAAUACUGUUGAUUUGAUUGAUAACUUUGACGGGAAUGAAAUGGAGCCCACUGUGUUGCCUUCUCGACUCCCGCUGCUGUUGCUGAAUGGAAGUUCCGGAAUUGCCGUUGGAAUGGCCACCAACAUUCCACCUCACAACUUGCGAGAAAUUCUAAAUGCUUGCAAGGCAUUGGUCGACGGUCGGAAUGAUCCCAGGAAGGAAGUCACCGAUGAACAGCUUGCGACACUCGUUCCAGGACCCGACUUUCCCACUUGCGCCAGCAUUCUAGGAACGGCUGGAGCGAAAAAGUUGUACACUACGGGCAAUGGUGGCGUCGUCAUGCGCGCCGUGACCGAGAUCGAAACGGUACUUCGUGGCAAGGGACAAACGUCCCGCAACGCCAUUGUGGUCAAGGAACUGCCGUAUCAAGUGAACAAGGCAGCCUUGUUGGAAAAGAUAGCUGCUUUGGUCAAUGAGAAGAAAUUGGAAGGAAUUGCUGAUUUGCGGGACGAGUCGGAUCGGGAUGGGAUUCGGGUCGUUUUGGAACUGAAGCGGGAUGCUGUCCCCAAUAUCGUCUUGAACAAUCUCUACAAAAAGACUCAACUACAGACAUCCUUUUCUGGCAACUUUUUGGCACUCUUCCCAUCCGAAGAAGACGAAGAUGCCUUGAAGCCACAACGAUUCACGUUGCGAGAGGCCUUGGACUGUUUCUUGGACUUUCGGUUCAAGACUAUUCGACGCAAGACUGUGAAUCAAUUGGAAAAGGUGGAGAAGCGAGCCCAUAUUGUCGAAGGUCUCCUAAUUGCUUUGGAAAAGGUGGACGAAGUCAUUGAAUUGGUCCGUUCGGCACCAGAUCAAGCCAGUGCGCGGGAAGCUCUGAUGGAUCCAGAGGGUAUUGUCAAAUUGUCCCAAGAACAAGCCGACUCGGUUUUGAGGCUUCAGCUCGGGCAGUUGACUCGACUGAACCAAGGCAAAUUGGAUGAAGAGAAGAAGGAGCUGAAUGAACGCCGAAAGGAGCUGAAGCGGCUUGUGGAGGAAGAUGCUGCGGUUAACGAGGUGAUAGUAGAGGAAUUUGACGAAAUGGACGACAAAUUUGGGGCAGAUCGUAAGACCGUCAUCCUGAAUGAUGAAGGGGAACUAAACGAUAUCGAUAUGGUGAAGAACUCUCGAUCCGUGAUCGUUGUCACCCGAAAUGGCUACAUUAAGAGAAUGCCGCUCAAGACUUUUGAAAGCCAGGGCCGUGGAACUCGAGGAAAGCGUGGGACGUCGGGGUCAGCCUCGUCAAUGGACGAUGAGGUGUCCCAUGUGAUCACUUGCAAUGAUCACGAUACGCUUCUUAUGAUUGCACAAAAUGGCAUUGCAUAUGGUGUGAAAGCCUUUCAAGUGCCAACUUCAACACGAACAGCAAAGGGUACCCCUAUUCCUUCAGUACUACCUAUAAGUAUUGAUCAAGAAAUCACAACUAUUCUUCCUGUAUCAGAAUUCUCGAAGGACGAGUAUAUUGUGUUGACCACCGAACAAGGAUGGAUCAAGCGAACUCCACUCGAUGCCUUUGAGACUAUCUCAUCGCGAGGAUUGACCAUUGCUUCUCUUGGAGAUGGCGACAAAUUGAAAUGGUGCCAACCAUGUACCGAUGAUGAUGACAUCUUGAUUGCAUCCUCCCGAGGACAGGCAACACGAUUCAGUGUUGAAAAAUUCCGACCAACCGGCCGCACUAGCAGGGGUGUUCGUGCGAUGAAACUCAAGGAAGGCGACACGAUUGCGGACAUGAAUGUUGUUAGCACAGCUAUUUCUGAAGACGAGAAGAAGAAGGAGUAUAUUUUGUGCAUGACGAAACAAGGAUACGGAAAAAGGAUUAGCACAAAUGAAUUCCGAUCUACUGGGCGUGGCGUUGGGGGAGUCAUCGCCAUCAAAUUCAAGCCUGGCUUGGAAAAGAUUGAUAAGCUGAGUUGUUUCUGUAUCGUACGGGAAGACGACGAGAUCCUCGUCAAUACUUCAAAGGGAGUCAUGGUGCGACAAAAGGUGGCGAAUAUUACAGCCCAGGGCCGGGCUGCAACUGGCGUAGUUGUCCAAAAGGUGGACAAAGGAGACGAGAUCACAAGUGUUUCGCUAGUUCCAAUGCGAGCAGAUGAUCACUCAAAUGACAUUGAAAUUGAAGAAUAA